UAUUGGACGUAUUCUAAAUGACGCGACACUUGGGUGUCGUGCGACACAUUAGUAUUGGUUUUAAAUAGGACUGUGUGACUCUCGCGUUAUUUGGAAUGCUCAUUGUAACGUAAGUUGCCAUAACGAAGACAUUUCUUCUACUUUGAUAAAACAUUAGGACUCUAGGACAGACAAAAGGCUAAACGAGGACGUCUGGUAACACUACAAUACAGUAUUACUUAUUGUCAUUGGCUUUUUCUAGUUUCCAAAAUGCAACAAAGAUUCUUGCAAUUGUCACCCGUAGUGUUUGAAUUUGUUAGACUGACAUCUAAUCAUUCUAUUAUUCUGGAUAUGAUAAAAGUCAAGUCGACUUGUUUUGAUGCACUUAUAGAUCCCAAAGUGAGGAAAAUAAGGAACAAACUUUUGUACUGCGAUUACAUUGAAAAUAAUAAAUUAAAAUACGGUUUUAAAAAAAAUUUUAGAAUAAAAUGCAAAUUAAAGUAUAAGUUUGAAAAAGAAUUAAAAAAUGAUAAAAGAGUUGCCUCAAUUGUAGCUACUAAAUUAGUAAGUAAAAACCUAUGUGUUCGGAAAGAACUUGAAUAUGCAAGGCUUCAUCCAAGGUUUAUGUUCAAGGAUGAGAGUAACAUGAAUAUAUGCUGUUCAAAUGAAAAUUCUACUUUCGAAUCAAUUAAAAAACAAUACACUCUUGAUGAAAAAGAAGUUAAGGAUUGCAUUAGUUACAGCAAUUUGAAUAGUAAUAAAAAACUCACUAAUGAGUUAAAAUUGCAGUUAUUGAAUACUACAAAAACUUAUUCUCACUGGAUGACUGAUUAUGAAGUGUAUAAUGAUGCUCUUCAAACAACUUCACACAAUUCAAAAUAUGGUACACCGAACCCUUACAGUCAAUCAAGUUCUAUUCCUUGUGGUGGUUGUGGAGCGUUAUUGCAUUGCAAAGAUAACAAUCUUCCGGGUUAUUUACCUUCUGAAUUGUAUGCACAUUCAAGCAAAGACGUUUUAAAAACAAUCACAUGUCAACGAUGCCAUUUCAUGAAGUACUACAAUACUUGUCUUUAUGUGAGACCAAGCAAUAAAAUUGAUCUUUUACCCAGAGAUUCUCCACAUUUCUUAGAUAAUAUAAGAGAUUGCCUAAAAGAAUCAAUUAUGAGAACUGGAAUUUCUAAAACAAAUAUUAAAUACAUUGGUCUUAUCUCAGCUAAAACUGGUUAUGGCGUGGAAGAACUAGUCAAUAAGAUGCAUACUAUUUGGCAGUACAAAGGUAAUGUGUAUUUGAUUGGCUGUACAAAUUCAGGAAAAUCGACUCUCUUUAAUACAUUGCUACAUUCAGAUUUUUGCAAAGCCCAAGCAGUUGAUUUGACACAAUUUGCAACAACUUCUUAUUGGCCUGGAACUACAUUAAACUUAUUAAAGUUCCCUAUUUUUAAACCUACAAGUCAAAGAAUUUUUGAAAGAAUGAAAAGAUUAUUGAGUGAUAGAAAAAAAGAUACUAUAGAUAAUCAAUUAAAAUAUGAAGAAUUCAGAAUUACCGGUAAAAUAGAAUUGACAACACUGAAAAGUCGUGUUACUCAUACUUUUAAAAAAAGGAAGGAAAAGACUGAAGUUAUUAAUCAAUUGAUGUCGAAGGAUGUUCCAACUAUUACGUCAAAGACAAAAAUUGGGUUAAAUGAUAUGUCAGAUGAAUAUAGAUAUGGUCAUUGGUGUUACGAUACACCAGGAACUAUCAACGACGAUCAAAUUCUUAAUAUAUUAACAACUAAUGAGCUUACUAAAACACUACCUGGUAAAAUUAUUUCCCCACGAACAUUUUGCAUGUGGGCCGACCAGACAAUAUUUAUUGCAGGACUGGGGAGACUAGAUAUUGUGGAAGCCUCUCACUUUAUAAGGUUAACGAAUAUAGAUUGUCGUGUUACUCAUACUUUUAAAAAAAGGAAGGAAAAGACUGAAGUUAUUAAUCAAUUGAUGUCGAAGGAUGUUCCAACUAUUACGUCAAAGACAAAAAUUGGGUUAAAUGAUAUGUCAGAUGAAUAUAGAUAUGGUCAUUGGUGUUACGAUACACCAGGAACUAUCAACGACGAUCAAAUUCUUAAUAUAUUAACAACUAAUGAGCUUACUAAAACACUACCUGGUAAAAUUAUUUCCCCACGAACAUUUUGCAUGUGGGCCGACCAGACAAUAUUUAUUGCAGGACUGGGGAGACUAGAUAUUGUGGAAGCCUCUCACUUUAUAAGAUGCACAGUGUUUGCCAGUGAACAUUUACCAAUCACAAUCUGCAAGGAAAAAGAUGCAAAAGAGGUGUACAAAAAAUUGAUAAAAACUGAAGCUUUCACUGUACCAUGUAAUGAUCAUAUUAGAUUAAAAAGGUGGCCUGAAUUAAAAUUCAAGGAAUUUGAAUUUGUAGGAGUUAGCCAAUUUGAAUCAUCUUCUGACAUAGUCUUAUCAAGUGCCGGUUGGAUAGCUAUUGCUGCUAGUUAUGAUAAUAUAAUCCGAGUAAAAGCUUGGACUCCACUAGCUCGUGGAAUUUAUUUAAGAUCACCUUCACUUUUACCAAAAUCUGUAAAUUUUCGAGGAAUAAGAAGAGUAGGAAGUCCAGCGUAUCAAUCAGGACAACAAAUCUACAUCAAUUAAAAUUAAUGUAUUUCAAGAUUCAAGUAUACAUAAUAAAUAAUUUUCUUACAAACAGUAUAUCCCCCACUGUUGCGUUAACGACAUGAACACUGUUUUCAUUAAUCUACUUUACAACAAAAGUUGUUUCAUACUGUAUUACAUGCACUUUUGGUACAUAAGCACCAGAUAAAAAUACAAAAUAAAGUGAGCUUCUUAUGA